GGGGAGGGGGGGGGGGAGAUGCCUAUCACACACACACACACACUCACACACAACAACCACCCUCCAUCGUCCCAGUAAUCGAGCGUCGAGCUGCCCGAUCUGCGCCUCUGCCAUCAUGCACGUCUCGUGUCGGAUGAGUUUCUCGGUAAACACCGCGAAGCCACCACGGACACGGAGCCGCGCGUCACAGCCCACGACUUGUUAGCGCGUGAGAGGAGCGCGCGAGCGGUGCUGCUGUUGUUUCUGUAAAAAAAAAAAGAGAGAGAGAAGAAAAAUGUCUCGCUGUGGCUUCGACUCAACGUGCACCGCUUCGCACACGAGCCUCGACACCAGAACCAGUUGAGAGAGAGAGAGCGGCCGCAGAUCAUCUUAAUGAACGUCACAAGUCGGGUUGGAUGGCCAUGGACCCAUUCAACCAGCUCAUCGUCGCCAUCUCGGUGACCAGUUUCUUCACCUUCCAGUGGCUCUUCCACAGAGUCAGCCCCUGGAUGUCCACGCGCAUCAGCAGCCCCGGCUUCCUCCGCCUCAGCGACAAGCAGAAGAUUGAAUGGAACUCCAGGACGGUGUCGACGUUUCACGCGCUGUUGGUGGGAAUCUUCUGCCUCUACAUCUUGUUCUUCGAUGAUCCCGUCAAUGAAGACCCAGUGUGGGGAGACCCUACAUGGGUGAAGACUAAUGUUGCCAUCACAACAGGCUACCUCAUAUCUGAUCUGCUGCUGAUAUUUUACUAUUGGAAGGCGAUAGGCGACAAAUUUUUUGUAGUUCACCAUCUGGCAGCAUUGUAUGCUUACUACUAUGUACUGGGCGAAGGAAUGUUGCCUUAUUUUGCAAACUUCCGUCUGCUUGCUGAGUUUUCUACACCAUGUGUGAACCAGCGCUGGUUCUUUGAGGUACUAGGUUACCCCAAGUCCUCCCGGCCCAACAUGGCCAAUGGCGUCGCCAUGGCGGUGGUCUUUUUCGCGGUCCGCAUCGCCGUCAUGCCCGUCUACUACAUCCGCAUGUACGCCGUCUACGGCACCGACGCGUUCUACCUGGUGCCGUGGGGGGGGCGCGUGGCUUGGAUCGGCUCCAGCAUCUGCUUGGACGUCAUGAACGUCAUGUGGAUGCACAAGAUCGCCCGCGGCUGCUACAGGGUGCUGCGCUCGGCGCGCCAGAGCAAAGGGCACGGCCCUCAGGAGAACGGGAAGACGGAGUAGAGGAAAACGGGGGCCUUCGGCGGCGGGAAAAGCCACCGGCGACAUGGACACGACGGCGUCCAACACCACCCCCCCUCUCGGCGCCGUUUUGGAUGGAGCAGCCGCUCGGACGCUUACCCUUCGCGUCACAGGACCGAAUGUAAGGAGGGAGAUUGGGUCGAACUGGCAGCCCAGGAGCCCUGAAGCCGCGUUGCACGGCCUGUUGUUGUUCGAUUUACCAUACAAAGGAGUCCUGGGACAUUGGACUCUCAAAAGGUUUACUGUCCGUCACAUACGUUGUGCUGGGAGGAGGGAAAAAAAGACUUUAUUUAACCAUAUACAUAUAUAUAUAUAUACAUAUAUAUAUUUUUAUGUAUUAUUAUUAUCAAUCCCAGAACUACACAGGUAAUCACUGGCCCACUGCCAAACAGUAUAGAGAAGUUCAUCAGACGUUGUGAGUCUCUGCUGGAUUUGAAUGGUGUAAUUCAUGUAAUGCAGGGUUGACAGGGCCCCGGCCCGCUAUUGAUUUUGUCGUGCUCGGGUCGAGGCAAUUGAGUUUUCAAACAUGCAAAAUGAUUGAAGGCUUGGCUUUUAAUUAAAAUAAUGCUGGUGUACAGAGUAGCCUCAAAAUGCUGAAAGGGAAACUGAAUGUCGAUGCUGUGUUUUUGUACAUUGAAACUGAUUCAAUGGAAGAACAUUCAAUGUUCUUAAUAAUAUCGAUAGGAACGUUUUCAUGAAAUGUGUAUAGAACUUGAAAUUCCUCAUGGUGGGGAAAAAAAUAAAAAUAAUCGACAUUGUGUUGACAAAGGUUAGUUGUGGACACAGUUUUGUGUCACUAAAUUGUCAUUCAUGUCACAUGGGGAAGUGCAUGUGAAGGGAUCAAACAGACCUGGAGUGCUGAUUUGGAAUCAGUGUCAUAGACAAAACCAUAAAACUAAAUGUGAAACACAGAACAGAGUGACAAAGAGCAGCUACUUAGAAGGGAUUGUGUAUCCUGAGAGGCUUAGUGGGAAAUAUGUUACUCCUUCAGCAAAAGGUUCAUAUUUCUCCUACUUUCAACAUCUUUUUAGACGUAACGUGUUCCACUUUGACCCCAGGCCGUAGUCAACAACAAGCUGCUGGCUGCUAUGUGUGUUUUCCGGGUAGCAAUUGAACAUUUUUGCUGCCAUUUUAAUUCGGUACAUGAUUUUAACACAUUCAUUCGACCAAAUUCGUGUUUGCGGAUUUUAAGUUUGAUGUCAAAUCAAGCCCAAUAAUCAAUGUGUGAGAGGACAACUUUUUAGUUGUUUUUUUUCCCCCACAUAGUUACCAAAAAAUCUUCCUAUUUCCACAUCAUAAUGUGCAUCAUAAUAGGCACCUCCAUGUUUAUUCAUCCGGCUUUUUUUUUCAGUGGACAGGAAUGUCUGGAAAAGUGAAUAUUAAAAUAGAAACAGUUUUCUGAAGCGUCCUUCUACUGACAAAGCUGUUGAUUAUUGUUAUUAACACUGAACACGGGAAGAAAUCCCCUCGAAGGGUUUGAAGACAAACGUAGGCCUCUCAUCUGUUUGAUUUAGAAGCUGCAAUUCAUCAAUGAUUCAAGAAUCAUGUACUUGAAUUAUCAUUUAUUUAAAUGAUCUCUUUUUGAGCUGUACGUCAAAUGUUUCGUGAAACCCAAACAGGGAUUGCUGGUUUCGUAAACACGCCUUGCUAUGUUAAGCUUUUGAUUUUGUUGCCUUUUUUAAAACAACUCAUGAUUGCACACUGAAUACUUUACAUAGAAAAAAAAAAAAACGUGUUCCACAAUUGAUGCCUGUUUAAUGUGAUUGUUUGGCCUUUUUGUUUCAAAUGUUAAACCAUGAGGUUUGUUCAGGCUGGUGGUUUUAGUGUUUUUUUUAGUGCUGUUGUUUUAACUUGUAAUAGAUUUGCAUACUGUGUGCCAGUGCUUAGGCCAUUACUACUCCAAACUACUUCCCCGUCAUAUCCAUGAGAAUUCUUACAUAGUGGAAACUUGCAGCCGUGAUUUGAGUCUGUGCAGCCACCCACCUCUGCACGCUGUGACUAGUCAUACGAAGAGGAGGCUCAGUGCGGUUUGGGGUGAUCCAACGGCGUUAAAUACAUUAGUCAAUUGCCAUCCCAUUGCAAGCAGUGUGUUUUGGAACAGGAUGAACUUGAGCAAAUCAUCACAACACAUUCAGAGUCUCUCCUCUCUGGGUAAAUAAUUCACUGGUUCAAUGAAAUCCACACGAGGUUAGUCUGGUGGUCUUCUUCAUGCACCCUCUAUUACUACAUGUGGACUUGCAUGGGGAUUGCACUGUAAACAGAAUCGCAUAUACAUUUGUAAGACAGACUGUGUUCUCUUUUCUUUUUGUUCCUAGGACAUGUACAUAAUGUUUUCCUGAAACUCUUAUACUGUGCCACAUGAUGUAAUCCACAGAUGGUGAUGGUGAUAAUGGUGUGCUAUUAACAUCAUACAGCAGCUAUUUUGUAUAAUACCCAGCACAGAAAUAACUAUAACAGUAAAGGAAUACUUGAAUACUAAUGAGCGUGGUCAAUAACAAUGGGCGGUGCAAAUAGACCUGAAUCCUUUGAGCAUCUUGCGUUAUAUGCGUACAAUUGUGUAGAAUUUAUAAUCCGAGGAAAGUAGAUGUGAAACAAAGCCGGUGCUUCUAAGGUUGGUGUUUCUGUUCUGAAUGUUGUACGGAGGGGGAGGGGGGGGGGGGUGAGUAGGUGGAGGUUUAAGUGACAUUCUAUGAAUGUAUUUUGUGAAGAGGAAAUAUAUUUGUCAUUCACAUUUUCUUUUGUUCUUUACAAUAAAUACCAAAUUAACAGAG